CUGUCUCCUACGUCACCUGACAUGGACAACAUCAGCCGAAUUUGUCUGUUGAAGAUACUUCGUUUCUAGGACAGGUCUGCUCCUCGGGCAGCGACAGGACACUCAGGAGUAAUGGAAGGAUAUUUUGUGACGGUGACAGAGGGAGUGUGUCUUGGGGCCAGCCUUGCCCUCUCUGGAGUCUGCUACUAUCUCUACAGGAAGAGCCGGACGACACUAGAUAAACUUGAUGAUGCUCCACACUUCACCAUAGAUGAAAAACUCAAAGACAUUUUGAAAGUUACUCCAGGGGCAUGUCUACAGUAUGCUGUCAUCGAAGGUGCUGUGCAACCAGUGAGUGAGCCUCUGACAAGCGUCUUUCAAAAAGAAUUUGUCGGAGUGUUGCAGAAAUUCAUGUUGAGGGAACACAGGCUGGUGUGGAACAGCCUUUCACGCACUUGGACGGACAGUGAACGAGUCUUGCACCAGAGAAUAAAUGCAGUACCCUUUGUGUUGGUGGGAUCAAAUGAGACAGCAGUCAGAGUCCUGUGCCCUCUGCAGGCGUCCGGACUGUACAUGGAGACCACCCACGAGAAGUUCCAUCAGGUCAAUUACGGCUUUGGUGACAUCAUAGGACAAUACCUCAGUGGAGAGAAGCUGAAAGGGCAGCUGGAGACUGAAGAAAUGCUCAAAGUGGGCACAAUUCUUACCGGUGUGGGCGAGUUGAUACUGGAGACAGACGGCACCCUGAAUCUCCGACCCCCUUCUAAUGGUUCGCAGUACUUUUUGAGCAUUACGGAUUUUGACACCCUGCGGGGAGAGCAAGAGAGCACGUCAGUUCUGUGGAAGGCGCUGGCCAUUGCUUUUACAUUGGCGGGGGCAGCAGUCCUUUUCUGGGUCGGUCGACGCUACUACUUGCGACUAAAAGUUCGCUGGGAGCGGGAGCGGGAGAGGAGGGAAUUUGAGAGACUGCGGACUGAAGCCCCGAGAGCAGGUGCUCCAAUAACAGGCACUGAAAACGGGGCAGAAGACAUCAACUCCUGUGUGAUUUGCCUCACUCAGCCACGUAACUGUAUUCUGUUGGACUGUGGGCACGUGUGCUGCUGCCACAGCUGCUACCAGGCUCUUCCACAACGCCGAUGCCCCAUAUGUAGACAAGACAUCAGGAGAGUGGUGCCUCUCUACCACGUCUGAGGCACCUGUGUGAUCACAUGACCUCUGUGGAACUUUACCCACAUGCACACUACUGAGCUUUACACCUCAAAGGUCUAAAGUGCUGCACUUGCACUUAAAAAAAGGGCGAGGGUUACCUCUUUGAAUAUGUUAUUACUGUGAAGAAUGACUUUCUUUUAAGAACACACUGUAUGUAUUAACACAUGUAAAUUGUAAGGGUCGUGUGCAAACAAGUUAUUUGUCACAGAGUUUGAGUGAGGUAUUUUAUCUGUAAUUGAUAUAUAGGAAAUACAUGAAAAUGGAGUAAUUGGCAAAAAGAGGGUGUACAUUUAUGCAACAAAGAUGUUUAUUUUCCUAUAUAUUUGUUCUGUGCCUUAUUUGGUCAUUUAUAUGACUGCUGCUGUCUAAGAGUAAUUGAAGUGUCUGUAUCUGGAUUAGUUUCAUCAGACGAUGUGAAGUUUUUGUUUCAACCACUUCCAUUUACAUAUGGGUCACUGGAAGUUAUUGAAGCAAAGAUGCACUUAGUGCCAAGGUGAAGCUUUAGCGUUAACUAAUGCACUACAGAGAGGCGAGUGUGUAAAAUGUUGAUUUGUUGAAACUAAUUUAAUAAAGCAUCACUCUUUGAACUAA